AAGUUAAUCAAAUUUACCUUCAGUACAGUAAAAUAGAAAAAUAUUUUCAAUUUUUAAAUGUCAUUUAGGUUAUAUUAACCAAACAUGCUUAAAGCUAUGUCUUUUAUUCACUUUUCAUUAUAAUUUCAAAUUAUUUUAAGAAAGCUAUGCAUGUCUUUUUUCAUGAGAAAAUAUUUAAUUAAUAAAUGGUUUUCACUUAAGAAUAUUUUUAGCUAACGAUCGUUCGAGAAGCGGGUCUUAACGUUCUGCCCUGAAUGUGUUGAGUUGUGAGUAGAUCCAUUUGGUACGGAAUACUCAUUUUAUUCAUUAUUAGGAUUCGUUAGACAAAUGACAGCCUUCCUUAUAAAGCUAGGCCACGGGUGGAUCUAGGGGAGGGAUGCAGAGGGUGUGCAACGCCCCCCCCCCUCCCUAACCCCUAGUUGAGUUUAUUUAUCAACUACUGCCUAUUCGUUACUUGAGUUUUUAAAACAUCCUGAUGAUACGCCACUGCUCCUGUAACAAAAAUCAUGGAAAGUGCACCCUUCCCUAAACAGUGCUAGACCCUGACGCUCGUAUUGCGGUUUUCGACUUUCUGCGAACUCCGACAUUUUAAAUGCUUGUUGUAAACUGAAUUGUUUUUUCUACCUGCAACCAGUCGUAAGUGUAAAAGGUACCGUAACGUUUGUAACGAAACUGCAAACUUAUACCACGUGUAGUACUUUCGCUUCUGAAUUUCGAGAGAGUGGGCGCCACACAGCUAGUAGAGAAGCCUACAUCACAGCACGAGAAACCAUAUGGAAGAAAGAAUCAGCGAACGGCCAUUGGAGAUUCAUCUUGAUCAGGCACAAAAUGAUUAUGAAAUUAUUACAAAGCAGAGAUCUAGAGAAUUCUUUGAAACCAUACAAACUAUGGAUAUAGAAGGAAUCCGGAGAUUUGAGGAAGAUGAAGGAUUUGAAAUGAAGUUGGCUAAAGAAUAUCCAAGUGAAAAACAAGCAUUUCACUUCSUAGCUGAAAUAGAAAAUGAUGAAAUAAAAUCAGAAGAGGAUUUCAAAAAGAUAUUUCAUAUAUUACUGAAUGCUGGAUGCCAAAUAAAUAGCACAGAUAGGUUUGGAAAUACUCCUUUGAUGCUGGCUGCAGAAAAAGGCAACUCUAUAGCUUUAACAUCGUUGCUUGACAACGGAGCAGAAACAGAAAAGACCAAUGAUCAUGGUAAUGGUCCCCUUCACUGGGCAUCGAAAAGGGGAAGAAUAGAAGCAAUAGACAUACUGCUUCUGUACGAAGCUAAUAUCAACGCACAAACUAAGAAUGAUAAGACUCCAUUGCAGUAUUCCCUUUCCAAAAGCAUGGAAAAUUUAUUCGAAAAAUCGAAUAAAUCACAAAACAACAAGAAGAACAAAAAGAUAUCUUGCAGAAGUGAACAUGUCGACGAAUCAGGUUCAGAAGUGUAUCAUUCGGAGUACCUUGCCUUGUACAAGGACAUUGAUUUAAGAGUGGUUGAUCCCUCGGGGGCAGCCAACAUCCUUUCCAAAAAGCUGGACCAGAAGAAACACUGUAUGCAAAAUCCUCCAAGAGAUGCUUUGAAGAAAUGUCGAUAUUUUUGUAGUCAGUUCAAAAAGAUCGAAAGAAAGGAUAUUAUUAAAGAAUUAAGAAAAUAUAUACCCGCUGGGAUGACAGGUCCUCUUGCAUACAGUAAUUAUGGAUUAGUAAGCACCAUGAAUCGCCGUGUGAGACAAGAACUGACGCGUUCCUUAUGUGGACAAGAAAAGUGGAAGCUGUUAGCAAACGAAUUGGGGAUCUCAAGCAAUAAUUUUGGUUACUACGAUAGGAAAGAUGAUCCAGCAGAGGCAAUACUUAACACAGUAUGCGUCAGUCGUGAUUUUACUGUCGGAGAGCUAUAUAACGCUCUUGUUGAAUGCGAUGCCGGAGGACUUGCUGAUCAGUACUUGUAGACAUAGGGUGCCCAAGCUAGAUUUUUUUUCAAGUCAGUCCCGUCCCUGCAAAAUAGGUUCAUUCAACAGCACAGCCCAUAACUGACAGUAGUUUAAAAAAGUGUGGAAUUUAGGGCAAAAAAACCCCUUUAUAUGGUAGGUUACUACCUAACACCCUUUUUUAUUUUGAGCCUGAAAAAGUAUGUUGCGUUUAUUCUUCGUUUGCACACGACGUCACAGCCGCCAUCUUAGUUGGAUUUAACAAAAUAAUUGUCAAUGAAUGAUUUUUAAUUUGUGAUACCAACCAACUUGCCCGUCGCUUAAAGAGUAACUAAUACAUAUAUAAAUGAUUAAAAUAUAGAAAUAUUAAAAUAUAACAGACCAGGCUAAUUAAAUUGUACGCUAAAAUUUAA